AUGUCGGUCAGUCCUUUGUCUAUGUACAAGAGUUGCCCACCCGGCCUCACAUCCCUAAACGGCACAGCUUGCAACGCAGCCACCUGCAACUCCACCUUUGUCUCUCCCGAAGCUCGAAUUCCCAAACCCUCCUCCGACAAGCAGUGUCGUUCGUGCGAUGCCGGAUUUGGAGGCAUCAACUGCAAUGUCUGUCAGUCGGCUGGCGCGUGUCAAGCGCGCAAGUCUUCGCUCGGCCUCAACACGCCCAAUUCUCUCUUUGGUAACAACGAAACGCUCGUCUGUCACAAGCAACCCUCAGCAGCUCGCACCACCUACAUUGAUUGCAAUGUCAGGCAAGCCACCGUCAAUGGCGUCUAUCCGGGCGAGAUGCGCAUGACGCUCUCCAAGACCUUCAAGUCCGACUCUUCCUCCCAAACUGGCCUCGCUGCCUGGCCCGAGCAAAGCAACACCGCACUCUCUCAGGUCUGGCUGGACGGCGUCGAGCAAUUCUACUGUCAGGCUGCUGGCUGCUCCGCUCGCAACUCGUCUUCUACCCUCAGCCCGCAAGCUGACGCUGCGCUUGGAAGCACCCUCUGGACGUGCACCUCGCUCCAGUGCUACUGCAUCCCCGGCACCACCAUGUGCGGCAACGGUCAGCUCGACCUAUCACCAGUAAUCAACAACCUGAACGGUACACUGACCAUGCCUUGCGAUUACGUUGACCCUAACAAUAUCACCGCCACCUCGCACUGUGCCUUUCGAGGAGAGCUCCUCAACAACUUUCUCGGCCAGCAAGGUUUACCUCUCGAAAAUUGUCAAUUUGGGUCGUGCAUCACUCAGUCGGACCUUGACAACUUUUACGCCAACGGGUCCGGCCAAGGUCAUGGCGAGGAUUCGGGCUCAUCGCUUAGCGACGCUGUUAUUGCAGGUCUCGUGAUCCUCGGCGUAGCUAUUGCUGCCAUGCUUGGCCUACUACUAUUCGGCUUCUGGCAGCAACGCAAGGCCAGGCGGCUUCCCAAAGGCACUGGCCAAGGACCUCUUGGCCUUCAGUGGCAGCACCUCAACUAUACUGUCCCCGUCAGCACUGGUCUCCUUAGACCACAUCACAAGAAGCAUGAUGGUCGUCUCGCACAGGUCGUCUCCUUGCCUGGCAUGGAAGAUGGAGUUCCCCGAUCCGACUCGCCUUCUUUGGACAGCAGGCAUGCACUCGCGGUCGUGCAGAACAGCUCUGGACACAUUCAGCCUGGUUGCAUGGUGGCUGUCCUUGGCCCGUCUGGUGCCGGUAAGACGAGUCUGGUCGAAAUUUUGGCUGGACGGCAUAAGGUUGGACGCGUCUCGGGUACCAUCCGAUCUAUUGAGCCAUCUCUCGAGCCUGAUGCACAAGCCUCCUCGUCGCGACGCUCCAUCGGGUUCGUCGAUCAGGAAGAUGCUCUGCAUGCAUUUUCGACGGUCCGCGAAGCAUUGCAGAUGGCUGCAGAACUUUCGUUGCCCGACAAUAUUCUGCGCACCGAGAAACGCGACAUCGUCAACCAUGUGAUUCACCAGCUGGGUCUCGAGCGGGUUGCCAACAAGCGCAUCGGCGAUGCCAGUCGACGCGGCUUGUCCGGAGGUGAGAGGCGCAGGGUGUCGAUCGGCUGUGCGCUCGUAUCGCGUCCGCGUCUGCUGAUUGCGGAUGAGCCCCUAUCGGGUCUAGACGCCAUCUCGGCAGCUCGCGUCAUCUCCGCUUUUCGUGAGCUUGCUCAAGGCUCGCAAGUUGGAAGCACAACGGUCAUUGUGACGGUGCACCAGCCUUCCUCGGAGAUUUUCCAUAGCUUUGACAAGAUCAUGCUCAUGUCCCAGGGGGUUGUCAUCUUCCAUGGAUCGCCUGCUGAGUCCCUGUCGUGGUGCGAGAAGCAAGGCGAAAAGUGUCCUGCUGGCCACAAUGUUGCUGAUCACUUGCUAAAGAUCGCCUCGGGCCCGGAUGCCUCAAGCCGGACCAGUGCGAUCGGCGAGAAGGACCUGCGCGAGAAGGGAAGCAAUCCGUCAGCUGAUACAUCGGUUGGUCAAGAGGCAGCUAUGACUCUUUCGUCUGACGAAGGCAGCGCCGUUGCUGCAGGCGACCCAUGGCAAAAAGCCGUCAGUGGCCGGUCGAUGACCUCGUUUAUGACGCAGAUUGCUACGCUUAGUCGACGCAACUUUAUCACUGCUCGACGCGAUCCUGGCGGCGCCUUGGCUCACAUUGUCGGCGCGGUUGUCAUCGGUCUGAUCGUAGGUGGGUGCUUCUACCAAGUCAAGCUCACCAUCGCCGGAUUUCAGAAUCGCGUAGGAUCCAUGUACUUUCUGUUCAUUCUCCUCUCCUUUUCAGCGCUCUCAUCCGCCACGGCGUUCAGCAAAGCGCGUCCGCUUAUGAUGCGCGAACGAGCCAACAGACUGUACGGUCCCCUGUCGUGGCUCGUCAGCUAUGUCGUCUACGACGCGCUACUUCUCCGCGUCGUACCUGCUGUCCUUCUCAGCAUCAUCAUGUACUGGAUGGUGGGCAUGAAGCCGCAAGCCAAUUACUUUUUCGAAUUCAUGCUUAUCGCGGUUCUCUUCCACCUCUGCAUGGCCCUUUACAACAUGCUGCUUGCCGCGCUCAUCGACGAUCUUUCCGUUUCCAUCCUCUUCGCCGGCGUCUUUAUCCUUUUCAACAUUGGAUUCGGAGGAUUUCUGCUCAACCUCAGCAACCUUUCAGGCGUGUUUCAGUGGUUGCAGUGGAUUUGUCCGAUGAAGUACGCGUUGGAGGCGGUGGCAAGUCACGAGCUCCAAGGUUUGCAGCUGAUCGAUUCAGUCGGAGGCGUGAGCAUUACUGCCUCUGUUUCGGUGUUUUCGGGCAACCUGUUUGCGUUUAAGGAGGAUGCAUUUUAUAGGGAUCUGCUUGUGUUGGCACUUGGCUUUGUGCUGGGCUUCUUCGUGCUGCUUGCUGGAGCGGUGACUUGGAGGAUGCGGGAACGACGUUGA